UAGUUACUCAUUUGUGGAAAACUUGGCCUGCUUGCAUCACUAUCAUUUCAAGUGGCAUUUCUCAUGGAUAGGGUAUUUUCUGGAUUGAUCCAAUACAUUUCUUUAACUUUUCUGUUUUUAUGAUAAUGCAAAUAUGAUUGUUAAAUACUCUUCUUUCAUCAAUUUAUUGGUUGUUUACUCAUGCUAAGACAAAUUCAUGGUACCCACUUAGGGUGAGGAGGGUUUAUUUUUCUGAAUCUGAAUAUGGUGCACUAGCAGUUUUGUAGCAUGUCUUAGGUGUCAUAUGCGUAGCUGCUGUCAGUUUUUGUUCAUUAUCAUCAGAUAUUCAGGAUAUGAUUUCUUCCUUUCUAAUUGUAUCAGCUUUUCGACUUUUCGUAGACAGGAUCAAUACACGGCAAUUGUGUGUCUAGUUCACGCUUUGCUUGAUUUUUUUUUUUACUUUUAGGUGUGUAUAAUAUGCUUUUUUGUCCAUUGACUUUUUCUAUGUUUGCUUUUCCUGUGUAGUGCUCAUACUGGAAGAAGAUUUGGUGACGACUUAUCGAAUUGGAAUUCGGAUUGUGUUAGUGCAUCAGAUCAUGACGGUGAUUUUGGUUUGUCAAAUGUUGAUAGCUUGGGGAAUAGCUUAUCAUCUGGUGAUAAAGUAUGAUUAUUACUUGGGAUUUGUCGCGGUUUAUUUUUGUUCUUCUCGAAGUUACAGAUGCAUGUAUGCUUUUUCACCCAUAUAUCUGUCUCCUUUGCUAAAGGAAAAUGUCAGGCCUAGGAGGAAGAGGAUUUUGGAUGAUGCUUUGUUUGAGUUUUUUCGCAAAGAGGCUAUUAAAUCUCUCAAGAGGGACUUUGCUAAGUUCUGCAAUGAAUCUGUCAUCUUUUCUAAGAGAAAACGGUUAAAGGAGCAUGCUAUUGGCAGAGAGUCGUUUACCUCAUAUUCCAUUAAGUACUUCUGCGAGAUUGUGAAAUCAUUGACUGACCGUCGUAAGAAUGUCAUCAGGAAUUUUGGUUUUGGUUGCCUCUUGUUGCUCGAGAAAUGCGAGAUUCCUUCUGCUUUUGUUCGCUGGAUCUGUGGGUGUGUCAACCAUGUCACUCAUCAGAUAGUUGUAAACGAUUCGAAGAGCAUCUCAAUCUCUAAGGAUUCAAUUCAUUAUGCCAUUGGGUUGUCUAAUUCUGGAUGUGUUCCUAUUCCUGAUAGUGAAGCUGGUGCAGAUUUCCUUUUGAAAAUGUUUGGAUUGCCAGAGUUGCCUCACAUUACUUUCUUUGUGAGCUCCCCAACACAGAUUACUUGUCUAUCCUUCAAGAUCCAGAAUCUACAAGUUCUGUUGAUUUCUGUAUGCUUGUUUUUGAACAUUUCAUCUCUGGAGUGCAUAGAUACAACAGAACUUGUAAAUUGCUUGGGAGGAAGGGUAAGUGUUUUGAGUUCUCCAACUACAUUCUUGCUGUGA